AUGGUGGGAGUGGACUUGCAGAAAAUAGGCUUAGCGAAGAGCACACAGCGGCAGUCUUCCUCGAAUCUGCUCAAUAACGCAAGCUCGUGUUCAUCGCUCAAGCUGACAGCCAGUGGAAGGAGUGCCAGAAGAACGAGUGCAUGUUUGUGGGUGGAGAAAGCUCAGCUGGAGAGAGGGGGUGGGAGGCUGGAGGAGGUUUGGGCAGGCAAAGGUGUUCCUGAGAACCGGAGCCAAGGAAUGCCUGGCUUCAGCGGAAUCCCCUUUCUACCGUCGGCUUGCUCCUGCAGUGUUAACCUGCGCAGCUUCACCGUUUCUGCUCCUCACGCCUCGUGGACUUUGGGUUCGGAGACACGCGCGGACACGCUCGGCAUGUUGGGUGAAAGAUGGUGGAGGAAAGUUCGGGGCAGACAAAAGAUGUCCACCAUGCUGUCCAAAACCAGUGAUGCCCCCUUUCACAGAAGAAACUGGAAGAUGGUUUUGUGGGUGCUUGUAUCUCUGCUGCCCCUAGUGGUUGGAGAGAGGCCUGGGUUUAGAGAAGGUCCUGAGGGCGCAGUGGGUUUAGUCAGUGCCACGCUAGACGAGCAGCCUUUAGAUACCUUACCCCAAGAAGAAGAAGAAAUGGGAGACGGGGACAGCCACUCUCCAUGGCAGAGCCUAUUUGAGCCAUCUGUUUUCGUAGAGGAGGAGCGUCCAGCUCGGUGGGAGCGCUCACCCCGUUCCUCAGAGGCUUCAGAUGCUCAGUCAAAGGGAUCACGCAAGAAAAAGAAGAAGAAGAAGAAAGAGAAAGGUGACAGAAAGCAAGGCCACAGCCCACGGGACUGCCGGCUGGAGAGGCGAGAGAUGCGGGUGAGAGACCUGGGCAUGGGCCACGACUCGGAUGAGAUCAUCCUCUUCAAGUUCUGUGUGGGCUCAUGUCAGAGCUCCCGGGGGAACUACGAUCUGGCGUUGAGGGCACUGCUGACCAACGGCAGCCUGCCCAAGCGAACUGCUCGAAAAAUCAGUGCCCAGCCAUGCUGCCGGCCAACAGGCUACGAGUCUGUCUCCUUCAUGGAUGCCUCCACCACCUGGAGGACCAUUGACAAAGUCUCGGCCUCUGACUGUGAAUGCGUAGGCUGAGAGAAGCAGGAAAGGAAUCAAUCUCCUCUCAAGGCUCUGAAACAGAGGCACUGAGAAAAUGAGGCAGCAUAGAGCCCAAGGUUGCAGCUUCAGGGAGAGCGGAGACAUACAGAGUGAAGGCUAAACAGUGAGAUACCUGUGGAAGGAUACACCAGGGACUUGAUUACGAACAUACCUAAGCACUUAUGGUAAAUUCCUGCUCGCUGGCGCGUUGAACCUGACCCUUGUAACCCAAUAAUGCUAUACGGAGUGGACUUUGCAGUGGUUGGAUAGCAUGGUGGAUAAUACCUGCCACACGUAAUGAUGAGAGGAUCUUUUCCUAUACAUGCAGUAACAACAAGUGUGCUUGGAUUGGACUCCUCAUGCCACAUUUCUCUACCAUUGUGACUUGCUUUGGGUAAAAGUGAUAUAUACGUACAUUUAUGUUUGUGGCGAUAUAGCUAUGGAAUGAUACCGGUGAGAGCUACAGAGGGAUACCGAGUGGCCUCCAGGACAUGCACCAUAUAUUCUAUAUUUCCAAAGGACGGAGCUAGAAAGUGUUGGCUGAGCUCUGCUGGAAGAAAUCAAAACCUCUUUGAGGCCAAGAAACAGAAGCACCUGGAAAGAGAGGCAACAUGAAACCAGAGGCACCCCAGGUUGCAACUUCAGGGAUCGGGGACAUGCAGGGUUAAGACCCCACAGAGCUGUUCCCCGUGAGAAAGUUUGGGAGGGAUACAGCAGGACAUGGUAUCUGGGACAUGUACUGUAUAUAUUAUAGUAGUGUUUCUCAACCCAAUCCUUCUACCAGAUGGUCCACAUUGCUCUAUCCCAACUCCGAACACACUAGAACCAAGCCUUAAAAUCAAAGGUCUGGCAAAAAUCAAAUUCACCCAAUUUCCUCAUUAACAAAAAUACAGUCAGUCAGCUAAGACAUAGUGCUUCUGAAGUGUGGGACUUUGUUUUGGCACAUGUUAGCAUGACUAUGUCAUAAGUCGGCUUAAAAAGAUUUCUGACAACCACUAUGUGGUUUCCAACACUGUGGGACCUACUCUUAUCUACGGAUAAAGGACUUUGCAUAGCUAAGCAUAGAUGGAUGGCUGCUAUUACUGUUUUUAAGCUAUGCAAUAUUAGCUAUACUGCUAUAUCUGUGCAUUUGUUGAUUUUUGUAGAUAACAGGGUGUCAUAAGUCUCAGAAACCACAUAAUCAAGUCUGAGUUAGGUUACUUAACAACUUGAUGCAGUUUGAGGCAUGUGUGAUGAUUUAGCCAUGCAGGUUGGUCAAUGCCAAUGAGUGUCAAUGAGCUUGUUAGCUACAUUACCCCUGUAACUAAAGUGCAGAAUUUUACAAAGCAAACUUUUCACACUAAAGAUGUCUUGGCUGAUUAUCAGUAUCUGAGACAAGGUUGAUUUUUGGCUGGCUGGCAAUGUCAUCGCUAGAACACCAUUAAAUUUCUGGUACAGGUGUACUGGGAGCUA